AUGAUUAGUUCUUCGGGCGAAAUUCUGGUCCACCACCGCAAGCUGGUUCCGACUUUCUACGAGAAGCUCACCUGGGCCCCUGGUGAUGGACACGGCCUUGAGGUGAUUGAUCUGCCCGUGCAGAGUGGCUCGAGGAUCGCAAAAGUGGGCAUGCUCCUUUGUGGAGAGAACACCAAUCCUCUAGCGCGUUACAGCAUGAUGGCACAGGGUGAACAGGUGCAUAUCUCCACCUGGCCUGCAAAGGCGCCGAUGCAUAUUAUCCGAAAAGAAGCACCCGGCACUGCCGAGGGAGACAAGCCCAAGGCGAAAUACGGCAAUGUAGCUGCGAACCGCAUACGGGCUGCUGGCCACUAUUUUGAAGGGAAGUAUUUUGGUAUCAUUAAUGCCGCCAUUGCGGACGAGAAGACUCUAGCGACUAUGCUGGAAAUAGCCCCCGAUCAGACGAAGGAGGUCAUACGAACCACCAUGGAGGGAUCUAUGCAGGCGGAGACCAGAUUCCUUGACCCCUCUGGAAGUCCCUUGAUGGGCUUCGUGAUCAAUGCUGAGACGGGCGAAAAGGAAGAAAAAGAGAAUUUGCAGCAUGAGGAGGGGAUAUUGUACGCGGAUCUUGAUAUGGACGCGACUAUUGAAGGAAAACAGUUCCAGGAUGUGGUUGGGGGAUAUCAGCGCUUUGACGUGUUUCAGGUGAAGGUCGACCGGUCGAGACAAACUCCGGUGACCUUUACGAACUUGCUGGAGCCAGAAGCACAGUGA